UUCCUGUUUCACCUAGGCCUAAGGUCUAAUCGAGUCUUAUGGAAAACAGGAAGAGAAAUUAUUUACCUCGUCUAAAACUUAUUUCGUUUCUACCACAAAAUGAAAUUGUUUCAUGCGAAAAUUAACAUCGUUUGUUCAUGACAUUCUCGCGCAGCUACACAGUGCUGCAUUAGAUUAAAGAGAAAAUGCCUCCACCUCCCCCACCCCCUCCCCCAGGUCCUGGACCCCCACCCCCACCUCCAUCUUUCGGAGGUGGAAGUAAAGGUGGGGCAGCGCCAAAUCGCAAUGCACUUUUAAGUCAGAUACAUCAAGGAGCAAAGCUUAAAAAGGCAGUAACAAAUGAUAGAAGUGCUCCAAUUGUUGGAGCUGUUAAACCCUCCGGUGGUAGCAGUGGUGGCAAUGUCAGUAGUAGUAGCAGCAGUGCAAGUGAAAAGGGAGCUCCACAACUUGGAGGUCUGUUUGCUGGUGGGAUGCCAAAGUUAAAGCCUUCAGGUCAAGCCAAAGUCCCAGGAGGACCUGGGGGUCCAGCGCUAAAGCCACCAGGUGCGCAGAAUGGACCUGUUAAUAUUAACAAUAAUAAUAAUCACUUGCCAAAUGGAGUACCGCCUGUUCCAAGCUCCAACAAGCCACUUGCAAAUAAGAACUUUGGAGGUCCUCCUCCACCCAUACCAAAUGCUAGCAAACCAAGCAAUGGUGCACCCCCGCCUCCACCUCCUUCAAACAAUAAACCAAAACCCAGCUUGGGUAGAUCAUCCACAUCUGGUGAAGAUGACUUAGACAGCUCUAGUUCGUCACAACAGAACAAGAUACAAUCUUCAGUGCCUAAAUUUAGUGGGGGCUCUUUAUCUGCAGGGCCACCUCCCCCGCCUACGGGGCCACCCCCUCCACCCUCAAGGCCGCCACCAAAUGCUAACAGACCUAACAGUAUGAUAGGCCGGCCUCUGCCGCCCCCACCUCCCGGAAACACAGGAAAUCCACCAAGUGGUCCAUCAAGACCGCCACCUCCUUUACCAUCAGCGCCAAAGAGUGCUGCUCCUCCGCCACCCAGUAGAAAUGCACCACCUCAACCACCAACAAGAACAACAUCUACGGCCAAUUCUGGGGGUACUAUUGGCCGUUCUGGUCCUCCUAGCACUAGACCCCCACAACCUGCCCCGAACUUGAAUGGUGGUGGCACCAUAAGCAAAGCUGGAGGACAUAGAUCUUCUGGUAGCUGGAGCUCUGGUGGAGAUGAUUUUGAAACACGCUUUCGAUUUCACCAGACUAAUGAGUUUCCACCACCAGAGCCUUUCACUAAUAUAAACAAAAUAUACCCAAGUAAAAAUCGAAAAAAUUCAACACGUAGGCCACCACCGCCAGAACCUCCACGCUAAAGUGAGUACCAGUGAAAUUUUAGUGAGAAUCUUUGGAAUUUAUUUAUCAGGUACAGCUAAAAUUAUAAGUAAAAAUUAAGCGUUUGGUCCAUGCUGUUUAAAAAAUUUAAGAGAGCUUGUUGUAACAUAUUGUUAAUAAAUCAGUUCAAAGCAAAGUCUUGGGCAAGCUUUUUAAAGUGACUACCGUUUUCCUUUAUGUACAAAUUUCCAUGAAAUUUUUAACCUUAAUAAAAUUGGCCACCAUUUAUUUUGGCCAUGAUUUAUUGCUCACUAUGAAAAUCUCUAUAUUAUCCAUUAAUUUAUUGUUUUUCUUUUGUAUGUAUUAUUUAUAGCUGACUAAAAUACUUUAGGGCUCUAUAUAGAAGUUUUAAUUUGAUGUAACAUAUCUCUUUAUUUGCUGUGAAUCUGUUAUGUUUUUUGUCUUUUAUGUUAUGACUGGGUUGGGUUUUUUGAGGAGCCAAAAUGUCUUCAGACUGUAGUCAAUGGCUUAGGCUCUGUAGUGCUGUGUUCUUUUUGAUUUCGUCAUUUAAAUUAAAAUCAUCAUUAAGUCUAAGGAAAAUAAUUAGUUCAGCUCUCAAUCUAAAAUUCAAACAUAAGAAUAAAAGUUUGUUUAAACAUUUGUAGAUCCUUGAUAGAAGUUUUAUUAAUUUUCUAUUUGCUAAUACAGAUUGUAUGUGGCAUAUUCAUGCUUUACAAAACUUGUGUACAAAACUUUACAACUUGCCACCAUCUUGCAAAAGCUUUUAAAAUCAAUUUAUUUAUUUUAUAAAUGGUGUAUUAUAAAUUUUUAAAUCAGAAAGCAUACAUUUUUGUGUGUAACUUUUUGUUUUGUUUUAUAAAGUAAAUAAAAGUAUUAAAAAUGACUGAAACUAUUUCAGUUCACUAUAAAACUGUGUUGCAAAUAGAUAAUUCUAUGUGAAUCUGUUUAUAUUGGCAGUUUGAAAGGUUUUGAUGGAUGCUGACUUGUCUUGGAAAAUGACUCACUUGUAUCAUGUCAUAGUGAAUAAUAAUAAAUCUUUUAUUUUGAAGUGUUUAGAAUUGUGCUGUUUUAUGAAAUGAGUUGAAGGACAAGUUGUAAGUGAUUUCAUCUCCAACACAUUUGAUUAGCUCUCUGAUGAUAUUCUUCCUUGUAUCAUUUCAGAAAAUUCUGGUUUAACUAUUUCACUUUGUAGUUUAAAAGUCUCAUACUUGCAUUUUUUAAAACAAUAAUAGAUUUUUGUGCUAGGCUUUGUAUAAUCAGGUAUAGCAUGCUAAUUGCAUUAAGUAGUUAACACUUCAAAGCAAUAAUUAAUGUGUAUUUACUACUUGACAUUUUAAAAGUAGAUGUGGAGUCCUUGUUUGCAUUAACACAAAUACAAAGAUUUCCUAUGUACAAUAACAUCUAUUUGAUCCACCAAAUUGUUUGUUUUUCAACCUAUGCAACAGAGCAUAUAAUUUGAGCUAAUCUUUUACAGAAUUUUCUUUGUUAGUUCAGCAGUUUUAGUCAGUAUAGCUGAUGACAAGAACUCUCUGGAUUGUCACAAUUUUGUGUUUAACUAUAUCUUUUGAAACAAGUUUUUUAUGGUUUCUUGUGUUUUUGUGUUUAACUAUAUCUUUUGAAACAAGUUUUUUAUGGUUUCUUGGGCGGAUUCUACAUUAAGUUUACAUCUGUUAAAUUAUGAGUAAAACAAUUUGCAACUAAAAAAAGGUUUUAAAACAUAAUUACUUUAUUUUUAAUUAGGGAAAAUGUAAUAAGUUAUGAGUACUAACUUGCUAACUAUUCCAUUGAAAAAUGUUUUCCAACAUUUAUAUUCAUAUAAUUUAAAACUAACUGUUUAAAAUCAUCUUAAAAGCUUUUUUCUUGUGAAAAGUGAUUAGCUACUUACAUGGUCUCUAAAAUAAAUAAUUUUAGUGAUGUUGUUAAGCAAGAAAUUAAAAAUUCACUUCCUUCCUUCUACUUAACAAAAGUAACAUUAAAAAUAUUUAACCAUUUAGCCCUUCUAAAUCUAAGGAGAAGGGUGUAGAAUUGUGUUAAUAUUAUCUAAAAUAUAUCAUUUUUGACUAAAAACAAAUAACUCAUUUUGACUACUAACUGGCUAGUAAUUUCAACUGAACCUAUCCUAGCCUUUACAAUUUUACAGCUUACAUCUUUAUUUUUUUCCAUAUUUGAGUUAAAGGUCUUAUUUCCUUUUAGAGCUGACAUCUUUAUUUUUUCUGUAUUUGCUUUAAAGGUCUAUUAUUCUAUCACUUUGUGCAUUAUUGCUGUCACUGGUGUGCUGUGACAUCCUUGUCAACAUAAAGCACUGGUUUAAGCUCCAUCAACAACUCAAUAGCUGAGGUUCAUUUGUUAAGAAAUUUAACAUGUGAAUAUCAGAAUCAGACAUCACUCUAUUAAAUAGUGGCAUACAAAUUCAAACAAUGAAGCUGAAAAUCUUCAAUCUACAUGGACUGUAUAGUAGGGAGGGAAUGAGAGGUGAAAGGGUUAAAAAGAUCAUUCCAUUACUUAUUUUUUACCUGAUGUUUUUAUCUGCUGAAAUUACAGUAAUUUUUAUUUGUUUAGGCUGUUAAUUGCCAUUAUUUUAGAACUUUUUAUUCUAUUUUCCAAAAACGUAAGUUAAAAUUGAUGUAUAUACUCCAUUUCUUUUAUUAAUGCGACAACGGUUUUACAGUUGAAUACCAUUUAUAAAACUAUAAAAAUAAUAUUAAGAUUAUAUAUCUUUGAUUUUUAAGAUGAUUGCAGUAUUGACUUAGUGUGAACUGAGUAGCUCUGAAAAUUUCAUAUUUAUAGUCACAAAAACAGUUGGUAAUAUCCCUCCUUGAUCUUGUUUUUAAAUUAACAUAUUAAAACCUAGUGAUGUUUCUAUCCCACCCAUGUAGCUUAAUCUUGUAUUAAUACACAUCUAUUUUAAUUUUGAUUCAACAUCAAAUUUACUUAUUCAAAAUAAUAACUACUAUACAUAUAACUUGCCAUACACUUUUUUGAUUGCCUUUUAAAGUCCUUGUUGAUAUUGGUCAUUUAGAUGUUUUAUAUAAUUUAUUUUUCUGUUCCAUUUCUGCAGUGGUUUUAUUUAUCAUUUGUAUAAUUUCUUGAUCUCACUGUUGUGUUGAUGAGUUAAAUUUUGCAGUUUGUAAAACCAGUCAGUAAAGAUUUCAGUUUUCAUACUCAGUCUGUGAAGAUUUCAGUUUUCUGAUUUUAUGAGUAGUACACAUAGUGACAAUCAUGAUCUGUCCUUCAAAAAUAAUAAUUGUGCAUGAUACUUUUUUUGUGCCAAGUUAUUGAUUUACCGGAACACAAUUCUCUUUACUCAUCGACUUAAACAUGUUGGGGUUGAACCCAUUCCAAUAUUAUUUUCUAGAAAUAUAUCUAUUGUGUGUUUCCAAGUACCCCAAAGACUUCUUUUUAAAUUAUCAUUUAACAAUUAACAACGUUCAUUAAAUUAUUGUAUAUACUUCCAAUGUAUUGUUUUUAUUUUUAAUGCAAAUAACAUGCAGUUGGUCCUUGUAUAAUUUCUUUACAUUAUAACACAAAAUAAAUAUGUACAAUACAUCGUAAUAUUAAUUGACACUGAUGUCUAAAUUCUUGGGCAGUUAUGUGUUAAUAAUGUUUAUCUCAUUCAGUUUAGACUAUGUUGGGCUGCUGGUCAUCUCACUUUCAUAAUGUGAGAUUUAUAGUUAUGGAAAUAAAAACUUUUUUUAUGUUGUGAUUAAGAUUUUGAUUUGAAUAUACAUUUUCUGUUUGCACAUACUAUUCAUCAAUGAGUUUUCCAAAUAACAUUUCUAAUUCAUUUAUGUAUCUUUUUUUUUGUUUCACAUAUCAGUUUUAAGAGAGAACCUAAUUAUUAUUGAAUAACAUUUUGGCAGAUAUCAAAUUAAUAAAACUCAAAUGUUUAGUUGUUAUCUAUGGGAAUAGGUAUGUUAAUUUAUGGCUUUUUGUAUUAAAAAUUAAAAAAAAAACCCAAUUAUUUUGACAUGUGCCUUUUGCUUCUAGCCCUUAGUCUAAUGUUCAAGGAAUAAAGUUACUCUUAGCAAAGCUGUUGCUUAAUUACUACCAAUGCAGGCUGAAUCUGCUGUAUGUAGCCACUAGCAGUGUGUACAGUUCUGACAUAUAAUUUCAAUAUUUGCACCAAAUGUUUUCCUUUGGAUUUUUAGAUUGUAUCAAUGAUUCAAAUGUUAAUGUUCAUUUAUAUGAUGUUGAAUAAAGUAAUCAAGGCACUUAAAAGUAUUAAUUACUUGUAUUUGUUUUAUUGUCAACAGACCAAAUUUAUCUGUAGAAAAUUCUCUUUUCAAAACAGAAAGGAUUUCCUGUUGUUUUUAGCAAGAAGAUUUUAAUAGGUACAACUCUAUAUGCAACAAUACAUUUCUAGAACAAUGAGUCAUUCACAAUUUGAACUUGCUGUUCAUUACUAGACGGUGAUUCUUCAUAAAUUCCAAUUUGUCGUUUCCAAAGGGCUAUCUUACAAACAUAUCGAUUCUGUGUAUGUCCAAUUUUUGGCCCUCCAUAUUUCUUAUAUUACUUCCUCUUCUGUUAUUGUAUACAGAGAUUAAAUGAAACUACAGUUAAAAAUAAAUGCAUAAAAAAUC